AUGAAAACUAUUGCUAUUCUAUCACUUAUUUUAAUAUUAUCUUUUGCAAAAAUAAACAAUGAAAAAGAAGAUGGAAAGAUUAAACCAUUAGGAGAAUCUCCUGAUUAACAUAUUGAUUAUUAAACUAAUUAAAAUAAAAAUAUUGAAGCAGAUUUAGAAUAACCAUUACCUGAAAUAUCUGAACCUUAUAUAUAGCCAACUAAUAUGACAUUGCCUGGAGGAUGGUCAUAAAUAGAUGUUAAUACCGUAAGAUCUAGUUAACAUUAUAAUAAAGUAAAAAGAUUUGCUAAAUCUAAAUUUCAUGGAAAAACCUGUGGAGGUCCCAAAGAUCAAAUGAUUUGGAGAUUAAAAAAAUUCGAGACUUAAGUUGUUGCAGGUUACAACUAUAAAGUUACUUAUGAAGCUAGAUUAAUUGAUGAUUAAUAAUACAGUUAAGCUAUACAUGUAUUCCACAUUUUUGAAAGCAUUGAAGGAGAAAUUAGCUUAGAUGGUUGUGACUUAGGAUAUGUUGCUAUGUCAUGA